GGUCCAUUCGCGAGUGCGUUGCGUAUUGCCAUAAAACUACGCCAUCAAUCAUGGAUUCCGCGUUUCCUCGCUUCACGCGUCGGGAGGGAUGGUUAUGGUCGUCGUCGUCGAGAUGCUGAACUGCGAGGUCGGGCCAUCAAGGUGGUUGAUUUAUUGCAGCAUGCCUCCGAACUUGGUAAUACAGACGCCUUGUACACGCUGGGGAAAAUAUCUUUGCUUCCACCUACACCGCAUUUCCCAUCAAACCCCAAACUUGCCUAUAGGUCGUUCGAUGUGCACGCGGGAGCCACAGGCAAUGCUACAUCGCAGUCCGUACUCGCCUUCUUUCAUGCUACAGGUUAUCAUGAUGUUGUCCCUGUCAACCAAGCCAAGGCGCAGCUAUAUUACACUUUUGCCGCGAACGGGGAAGAUAAGGGCGCCCAGAUGGCCAUGGGAUACCGAUACUGGAGCGGCAUUGGUGUAUUGGAAGAUUGUGGAAGAGCCUUGGAAUGGUACGAGCAGGCUUCUGAGCACGCUAUGGCGAAGUUCCUAUCGGGGCCACCUGGUGGAAGAACGUUACCCUUGACCCCUACUCGCCUGUCGGAUCUGGACGGUGGCGUAUACGGUCCAGGUGCAAGCGUUGCAUCGACAGGACUCAACGGUCAACGACCUGCCAUCCGAGCUUCUCGCGCGCGAGCAGCAGGCGAGACGUGGGAAGAUAUCCUCGAAUAUUACAUUUUCAAUGCGGAUCGCGGCGAGACUGACUUCAUGUUUCGACUUGGAAAAAUAUUCUACCAUGGAAGCAUCUAUCAUUCACCUGGUGGAGCUGCAUCUGGCGGAGAAGGCGUCGGACGCGUGCCGCGCGAUUUCGACAGAGCUCAUUACUAUUUCUCGCGCAUCGCCCGACAGAUCUGGCCUCAUGACCCUGUCGACCCAUUGUCGCACUCUCCACGACGCGAGGAGGGCACUGGGCCCGUAGGAUAUGCAGCUGCAGCUGCGGGCUUCAUUGGACGGAUGUUUCUUCGAGGAGAAGGAGUGCGUCCAGAUUUCGCUAUGGCGAGAAUGUGGUUCGAGCGCGGGGCAGAGUAUGGUGACAAAGAAAGUCACAAUGGUCUUGGUAUCAUUUGGCGCGAUGGACUCGUGGGUGGGAAGAGAGACUUGAAGAAAUCGGUCGGGUAUUUUACCAUUGCGGCUGGCCAGGAGCUGGCAGAGGCUCAGGUUAAUCUAGGCAAACAUCAUUACUUGCGGAAGGAGAUGAAGCUCGCGACAACGUAUUUCGAGAUGGCGUUGAGGCACGGAUCUCCAUUCGAGGCUUAUUACUAUCUUGCACAGAUUCAAUCCGAACAGAUGAAACUGAUGCCUCCGCAAAUGAGGAGCGGCGCAUGCUCAGUAGCUGUAUCGUUUUAUAAGGUGGUGGCCGAAAGGGGAGCAUGGGACGACGAUCUGUUGACAAGCGGUGAACAAGCGUGGAAUACAGAGACAAACGCUGGCAAAGAAUCUGCGAUGCUGAGUUGGUGGAUUGCGGCCGAACGGGGGUACGAGAUUGCACAAAACAACUUGGCAUAUGUACUAGAUCAGGGUAACUAUGACUUAUCAGACAAAAGUGUGCUCCGAGACACGCGCUUUACAAAUUUCCUUCCAUCCAAUGAUACCGCACGACUUGCCUUGACCCAAUGGACACGUUCGGCUGCCCAGAACAACGUCGAUGCCUUGGUGAAAGUUGGAGACUAUUAUUAUCAUAGUUUAGGCGUACGUGAUGAGCCGGAGAACAUACGUUGGGAAAAAGCUGCGGGAUAUUAUCAAUCUGCGGCCGACACACUCGUUAGCGCAUUGGCGAUGUGGAAUCUUGGUUGGAUGUACGAGAAUGGUGUUGGUGUGCCUCAGGACUUCCACCUUGCUAAACGCCAUUAUGACCAAGCGUUGGCGACUAACAGUGAAGCAUAUCUCCCUGUGACAUUGUCGCUGGUCAAGUUAUAUGCGCGCAGCAUGUCGCAUACUCUCAUGGGAGGUUCUGGUGGCCUGAGUCUGUGGGAAGAUGAGGAGGAAAUUUGUAAGUUGCGAUCAAUGCUUCUUGUCAUUAGUCGCUUGAGCAUCAUAUUGUAG